AAAUCCCGUCAAGAAACAAAAAAGCCUCUCUCUCUCUCUCUCUCCCUCUCUCCCCUUCAAUGCAUCUAUAAUCUACGCCCCGUUCUAAACUUCUCCCUUGAAGCCCAAGAAAAGCCUUGGAGAGAACCCAAACCGGAUACGUAGAAUACAGUAGCCAUGGAGGACAGUGCCACCAACACAGCCAAUAAUGUGGCCCGAGCCAUAGCCGCAGCCCUCGACUGGGCUUCCACUCCCGACGCUCGCAAAGCCGCCGUUUCUUUCUUAGAAUCCGUAAAAGCUGGAGACGUACGGAUCCUAGCUAGCACAUCCUUCCUUCUAGUCAGAAAGGACUGGUCUUCAGAAAUUCGGUUGCAUGCAUUUAAGAUGUUGCAGCAUCUGGUUCGGCUGCGGUGGGAAGAAUUAAGCCCUACAGAACGUAGCAACUUUGCAAAUGUUGCUGUUGAUUUAAUGUCUGAGAUUGCAAAUCCUUGUGAGGAAUGGGCUUUGAAAAGUCAAACAGCUGCCCUUGUUGCUGAGAUAGUUAGAAGAGAAGGCUUAGUUCUAUGGCAGGAACUGUUCCCAUCUCUAGCUUCCCUGUCCAGCAAGGGUCCUGCACAAGCUGAGUUGGUCUCAAUGAUGCUGAGAUGGCUUCCUGAAGAUAUUAUGGUUCACAAUGAAGAUUUGGAAGGUGAUCGGCGUAGGCUAUUGUUGCGGGCGCUUACCCAAUCUUUGCCUGAAAUUUUGCCCUUAUUAUACACUUUACUAGAACGACACUUUGUGGCUGCAUUGAGUGCAGCAGGUAAUCAAGAACUGGAUGUUGCAAAACAGCACGCAGCCACAGUAACAACUACUUUAAAUGCUGUUAAUGCAUAUGCAGAAUGGGCUCCAUUGCCUGAUCUUGCUAAAUAUGGCAUAAUUCAGGGGUGUGGUUUCUUACUUUCUUGUCCCGACUUUCGUCUUCAUGCUUGUGAGUUUUUUAAACUUGUCUCUCCAAGGAAGAGACCUAUCGAUGUCUCUGCUUCUGAAUACGUUUCUGCAAUGAGUAAUACCUUUCAGAUCUUGAUGAAUGCCUCUAGAGAAUUUUUGUACAGAUCAAGCUCUAGUUCUGUAGUUAUUGAUGAAAAUGAAUUUGAGUUUGCUGAAUGUAUAUGUGAGAGUAUGGUGUCUUUGGGUUCUUCCAACUUGCAGUGUAUUGCUGGUGAUAGCACCCUUCUUCCUCUUUAUUUACAACAGAUGCUGGGCUUUUUUCAACACUUUAAGCUAGCUCUUCAUUAUCAAUCCCUGCUCUUUUGGCUGGCACUGAUGAGAGACUUGAUGACAAAGCCAAAGGUGGUUGCACAUUCAGCCGGAGACAGUUCAGCUGUUAAUAGUCUAAGCACUGUUCCUGGACAGGCUGAUAGUGAGAAGAGAAAGAUCUUGAGUUUUGUGAGUGAUGAUAUUUUUAGUGCAAUUCUGGAUAUAUCUUUCCAGCGCAUGCUCAAGAGAGAGAAGGUUCUUCCUGGAACCACAUAUACCCUGGGGGCAUUGGAGUUGUGGAGUGAUGAUUUUGAGGGCAGGGGUGACUUUGGCCAGUAUCGUUCAAGGAUGUCAGAGUUGAUCCGGUUUAUUGCAUCUUACAAGCCUCUAAUAGCUGGUGCUAAAGUUUCUGAAAGAAUUAUUACAAUCAUCAAACACCUGUUGCUUUCUCAAAUGCCUUCUCAGGACUUGGCUGUGAUGGAAAGUAUGCAAUUGGCUCUAGACAAUGUUGUGAAUGCAGUCUUUGAUGGAACAAAUGAAUUUGACGGGGGUAGUUCUGAAGUUCAACUUGCACUGUGUAGAAUAUUUGAAGGUUUACUCCAGCAACUUCUUGCUUUGAAGUGGACUGAGCCAGCACUUGUGCAAGUACUUGGACACUAUUUAGAUGCACUGGGUCCCUUCCUGAAGUACUUCCCAGAUGCAGUUGGUAGUGUCAUCAAUAAGCUAUUCGAGCUCCUAAACUCACUUCCUCUUGUUGUUAAGGAUCCUUCCACAAGUAGUGCACGACAUGCGAGGCUGCAGAUUUGUACAUCAUUUAUUCGAAUAGCCAAAGCUGCUGACAAAAGCAUUCUGCCUCACAUGAAGGGUAUAGCUGACACCAUGGCAUAUAUGCAAAGAGAAGGUUGUUUGCUUCGUGGUGAGCAUAAUCUUCUUGGGGAAGCAUUUCUCGUAAUGGCCUCUGCUGCGGGGAUCCAACAGCAGCAAGAAGUUCUGGCAUGGUUAUUAGAACCCUUGAGCCAACAAUGGACACAGGUUGAGUGGCAAAAUAACUAUUUGUCUGAACCGCUAGGUCUGGUUCGCUUGUUCUCUGAGACACCGACCAUGUGGUCUAUUUUCCACACUAUUACAUUCUUUGAGAAGGCACUUAAGAGGAGUGGAUUCAGGAGAGCCCAGUCAAAUUUACAAAACAACUUGACAUCUAGCUCUACAUUAUUGCACCCAAUUGGUUCUCAUCUGUCUUGGAUGCUGCCUCCUCUUUUAAAACUGCUUCGUGCUAUACAUUCUCUUUGGUCUCCAUCUAUAUAUCAAAUUCUACCUGGAGAGGUCAAAGCUGCAAUGACCAUGACUGAUUCCGAGCUAUUCAGCCUCUUAGGGGAAGGGGUUCCUAAAUUAUCAAAGGGUGUAUUAACUUUCACAGAUGGAUCUUAUGCUGACAUGGGUAAGGAAGGAACUGCAGAGCCAAAUGAGUCUGAUAUACGAAACUGGCUGAAAGGUAUCAGGGACAGUGGGUAUAAUGUAUUGGGCCUGUCAACCACCAUCGGGGAUUCAUUUUUCCAAGCUUUGGAUAUACAUUCAGUUGCUUUAGCCCUAGUGGAGAAUAUACAGUCAAUGGAGUUCAGGCAUAUAAGGCUGCUUGUUCAUUCAUUUUUUAUUCCUUUGGUUAAAUAUUGCCCUUCUGAUAUGUGGGAGAUCUGGCUAGAAAAACUUCUGCACCCUUUAUUUCAUUAUUCUCAGCAAGCUCUCAGCUGCUCAUGGUCCAGUCUUCUGCAUGAAGGCAGGGUAAAGGUUCCAAACAUCCACAAAAUAUUUGCUGGGUCAGACUUACAAGUGGAAGUAAUGGAAGAAAAGCUCCUUCGAGAUCUAACUCGUGAAAUAUGUUCACUCCUCUCUGCUAUUGCUGGGCCACCGCUAAAUACUGUCCUUACUUCUUUAGAACAGUCUGGGCAUAUUAGCCGUGUGGAUACGUCUUCUCUUAAAGAUUUGGAUGCAUUUGGAUCGAACUCUUUGGUUGGUUUCCUGUUGAUGCACAAAGGUCUAGCCAUUCCGGCCUUGCAGAUAUGUUUAGAAGCCUUCACUUGGACAGACGGUGAAGCCGUGACAAAAAUUUCUUCCUUCUGUGCUGCUGUGGUUGUCCUAACUAUAUCAACGAAUAAUGCAGAACUUCUACAAUUUGUUUCUAAAGAUUUGUUUUCUGCAAUUAUCCAAGGAUUGGCACUCGAGUCAAAUGCUAUUAUCAGUGCAGAUCUGGUUGCUCUCUGUCGUGAAAUAUUUGUUUAUCUCUGUGAUAGGGAUCCAGCUCCCAGGCAGAUUUUGCUCUCACUCCCGUGUAUCAAACCACAUGAUUUGGUUGCUUUUGAAGAAGCUUUGACCAAGACAUCAAGUCCUAAGGAACAGAAGCAGCAUAUGAGGAGCUUGCUUUUGUUAGCUUCUGGAAACAAGUUAAAAGCCCUUGCUGCUCAGAAAAGUGUAAAUGUUAUUACAAAUGUUUCAACGAGGCCUCGUAAUUUGGUGAAUACUGCAGAAACCAGAUCUGAUGAUGGGGAUGUUGUGGGGUUGGCAGCCAUUUUGUGAUGGAUUUAUAAGAUCAUAUGGUGGAUUUCUUGUACAGAAUUGAAGUUUUAUCGGAACGAGGGGAUAUCUUGUCCGACAUAUACCGUGGUAUGAGGCAUCUUUUUCACGCCGAAGGUCCACAAAGGUUCACCCCCCGGACACUACCCCGAAUGGAAGGUUUUGACCUGUUGUGUAUAAAUGUUUUUGGGCAUUUCAUUAUUCCUCUGGUAUGUAUUACCAUAUAAGUUAGACCAUUUUUUCAUCUAAUUCUCUUUAUUUAGAUUUCAUCGUUUCUUUUACCAAACUGCCUCAUCGGAAACCUGUGAAAUAAGCUGUUGAUUAUGGUGGUAGCUUCACUUGUUCAGUGUGGGAUAACUGUCAAUGUUCCGAGGCAUAUAUAGGGUUGUCAAAUGCUAUUUUGUUCAAAUGCUUGCGGCAUCUCGAUCUGC